AUGAGCUGCCUGUGGAUUAAAUACCUAGCACUGUGGGUGAUGCUGAUGGUCGACAACGGAAGUGAAAUCAUGCAGACGAGAGCGCCACUGUUCCCUAACAAACCAUUUCUAGUGUUUUGGAAUGCACCUACUGAACAGUGCCGGCGGCGCUACAAGGUCGAUUUGGACCUCAACGUUUUCGACAUCCUGACAAAUCCAAACGAGACCUUGAGCGGCUCCAGUGUGACAAUAUUCUAUCACACCCAUCUCGGGUACUAUCCCCACAUAGAUGACAAUGGCAAAUCCAUCAAUGGCGGGGUGCCGCAAAACGAGAGCCUCAUCAAACACCUCAUCAAAGCCAAGGCCGACAUUGAGCAUUCCAUCGCCAUGAAGAAAUUCCACGGACUCGGGGUCAUCGACUGGGAAAACUGGAGACCCCAAUGGGAUAGAAACUGGGGCCAUAAAGCAAUUUACAGAAACAAGUCUCUUGAACUUGUCAGAAAGCAGCAUCCUCAGUGGCCUGAGAACAAAAUCCGGAAAGUUGCGAAGGAAGAUUUUGAAAAUGCAGGGAAGGGUUUUAUGAACAGCACACUUUUCCUAGCUGAAGAUAUGAGGCCAAAUGGACUCUGGGGUUACUAUCUCUACCCAGACUGCUACAAUUACGAUUACAAGAACCACCCUGAUAAGUACACAGGCAAAUGUCCAGACAUUGAAUCGUUCCGGAAUGAUAAUCUGCUUUGGCUGUGGAAACAAAGCACUGCCCUUUUCCCUUCCAUAUACCUGGAGUACAUGCUGAAGUGCAGCCCAAACGCUUUGAAAUUUGUACACUAUCGAGUUAAAGAAGCAAUACGCAUUGCUUCAAUCGCUCGAAAGGACUAUGCUUUGCCUGUUUUUGUGUAUGCUAGGCCAUAUUAUGCCUAUACAUUCCAUGCUUUGAUGGAGGAAGACUUGGUGAACACUAUUGGUGAGAGUGCAGCCUUGGGGGCAGCAGGAGUUGUCCUGUGGGGAAGCAUGCAGUAUGCCAGUUCUAAUGACAGUUGUUUAACUGUGAAAAAGUAUGUGAAUGGUCUCUUGGGACAUUACAUCAUUAAUGUGACCUCUGCGGCCAAGCUCUGCAGCAAAGUUCUCUGUAAGAAGAAUGGAAGAUGCAUUCGUAAAAACAGUGAAUCGGAUGCCUACUUGCACUUGUCUCCUGACAGUUUUAAGAUUUGGCUCAAUAUCUCUGAAACAGAGAAAAGAGUAGUUGUGAAAGGAAAUCUGAAGCAGGAGGACAUGGAGGUCAUGAAAGAGAAAUUCAUCUGCCAGUGUUACCAAGGCUGGAUGGGGUUAUUUUGUGAACUCCCUACUCACAAAAAGCAGUGCAAACCUACCGGUAAUUCAGUCUAA